ACGUUUAUUCCUUUCAAGCUUCAAGCUUCAAACUAGGCUUUGGGUUCGUCUCUUCUUCCUCAGAAUCGUUAAACCAACUCACCGAUCUCGAUUAGAAUGCGCCAUGAACCGACUUAGAGGCUCAGGAAAGAAGCUUUUCUCGCAGUCUGUGCCUCACUUAAGGAAUAAUAUGAGACACAAAGCUCUGAGAUCAUGGACUGCUAUUCAGGACACUUAUUUUUCCACCAAGGAUGUGUUUGAGAGUCAUAAGGUUGUGUUCACAGUUGGAACUUCUAUAGCUUCAGUUGCCACUGCAUGGAUUGGAUAUACUGUACGCCACUUACAUGACACAAGAGUUGAUAAGAGACUUGAAUCAAUUGAGAAAACUAUAAAAGAAAAUCAUCAUAUUGAAGGAUCAGAAAUAAGAGAAGUUAUUGAUACUGGAAGUAUAAGCCUUGCUUCAUGCACAGCCACUGCUGGAACCACUUUGAUCAUCGGUUAUGCUUUGGGUUGGCGAGGUGGAAGGUGGUUUGCAAAUAAGCAGUUCAGGAAGGAGCAGAUGAAGUUGCUAGGGCACGUUAAGCCUAAAAGGUGGCAAUCUCUUAGCAGAGUGGCAACAGAAGAUGGCUAUAUACUCAGUAUGCAGAAAAUUGCAGCGGGAAAGUCAGGAGAGACAUCUGGAAACAAGAUACCAGUUCUUCUACAACAUGGACUCCUCAUGGAUGGGAUAACAUGGCUGCUACUACCUCCAGACAAAGCUUUGGCAUUCCUCUUGGCGGAUAAUGGGUAUGAGGUGUGGAUUGCCAAUACCCGUGGUACCAAAUAUAGCCUCGGGCAUACAUCACUCACACCCGAUGAUCCGGCUUAUUGGGAAUGGUCAUGGGAUGAAUUGGUCGCUUAUGACCUCCCAGCCACAUACCAAUAUGUGUACAACCAAGCAGGGCAGAAGAUUCAUUAUGUUGGACAUUCACUGGGAACUUUGAUUGCUCUUGGUGCAUUUUCGAAAGACCAGCUAGUGAGCAUGUUGAGAUCAGCUGUCUUACUUAGUCCAAUUGCUCAUGUUGGUCAGAUGACCUCACCCCUUGCAAGAGCUGCUGCUGAUAACUUUCUUGCUGAGGCUCUAUACAAGGCUGGUUAUAGGGAAUUUAAUCCACGAUUAGAAGCAAUAAUCAAAUUUCUUAAUACAUCAUGCACGAAAUCAGGCGUUGACUGCACAAACUUGUUAACCUCGUUCACAGGUCAGAAUUGCUGCUUAAAGCCAUCCAUAGUACAAGUCUUUUUAGCUCAUGAGCCUCAGGCAUCUGCAACUAAAAACAUGAUCCAUAUCUCUCAGAUGAUAAGAGAUGGAAAAGUUGCAAUGUUUGACUACAUUGACAAGGAUGAGAACCAAAAACAUUACAGGCAGGAUACUCCUCCGGAGUAUAAAAUGGCAAGCAUUCCGCAUGACCUUCCUCUCUUCCUAAGUUACGGAGGGGCAGAUGCACUUUCUGAUGUCGAGGAUGUGAAGCUAUUGCUCAACAGCCUCAAAGAUCAUGACGGCGAUAAGCUUGUGGUUCAGUACAGAGAUGAUUAUGCUCAUGCUGAUUUUGUCAUGGGUGAAACGGCUAGGCAAGAUGUAUAUGAUCCUCUCGUGGCUUUCUUUAGACUUCAAUGACCAUAAUACUAGUAAUGCAAUAGUUUUUGUUUGGUUCUGCUGCUUUACAAACGAAAGUCAUACCAAAAUGUAAUAACAGUCAUGCCAUAUAGCUUGUUAUUAUAUGGUAAGCUAAUUAUAUCUUCGUAAAUCUAA